AUCAGAUAGUUUGGUUUUUGCUGUUUGUGGGUCCUAAUCAGUUAAAAUUUUAAAUCUGAGGGAUUGAAUAGUAGAAAAGGGGAGACAUUUUUAGGUGGGUUUUUACUGCUAUGGUAGAAACCAAGGUAUUAUGAAGUGGGGUGAAGUGUUUGGGUCUUGGUCAGUGAAAGCAAGGGAAUCUAGAGGUGGGUUUUUACUGUUGGGGUUUAAACAGUAAGAAAAAGACAAGAUUUCAUCAUACAGGGGCUGGAAAGGCAAAAAAGAAAAGAAAAGAAAAUGAAGUAGAUAGGGAUUUGACUGUUUGGAUUUUGAUUAGUAAAGAUAAGAGUGAAAACAAGGUAAAAAGGUAGUGUUUAGAUUUUAUUUACUGUCAGGGUUAAAAAACUUAGAUUUUUGUUUUUUGGGUGUUAAUUUCUGAGGGUGUUUGCUGUAAAGACUGCUUUUCAGGGGGUUUUUGAUGACAGGAUUUCACUUUCAGAGUACCCUUUCUUACCAUUAAUAGACACAAGGUUGUUUGGCUGGUUGUUGAGGUCCCUUUCAUCUCCACAACCCAAACCCUAACUCUCCUUUCCAUUGAAUUCCCCUUUGUAACGCCUUUUUUCGUUCUUGCUUAGAGCUCCAAUUCAUUACUUCUGUUUUAGCAAUUGGAUUUUUCUUGCUGCCCAACUGAAGCUUCGAUGUCUUUUUCAGCAUAAGUCUUGGGUUUCCAUGAUUUCCAUGGCAUUUCAAGAAAGUCCCAUUUCUUUUGCAACGUAAUUACACUCGAUUUCUCCUUCUUCUCUGUUUGGGUGCAAUUCUCUUGGCCUUCUGUGUUUUCUGUUUGGUUCCUUUUGUGAAUCUGACACCCGUUCUUGACUGCAUCUCUAAGUUGUGAAAUUCACAAGCCUUUACUAUGUAAAUAUUUCUAUCCUGCCAAUUACCCAGCAGGUUCGUUUCUGUGAGGAUUAUGGUCGGUGAUUCGAACAAAGCCAGAUGAGCGCUGAUGAGACAAGCAGCGGCUCCUCGUGGAGUAGGGAGCAGGAUAAUUUAUUUGAGGAAGCCCUGGUGUCAUAUCCUGAGGAUUGCAGUGACCGCUGGGAGAAGAUCGCCGCAGCUGUGCCGGGGAAGACCAUCGACGAGAUCAAACAACAUUAUGAGCUUUUAGUGGAAGACAUCAACAACAUCGAGGCUGGUCUUGUGCCUUUGCCUUGUUAUGCAUCUUCAUCAGAGGGUUCAGCCGACCAUGAGGGUGAAGGAGGGGCUGGUAGGAAAGCUGCCCAUUUUGGGAAUUUUCAGAAUGAUUCCAGCCAUGGCGGGAAAGCGUCGAGGUCUGAUCAAGAACGCCGGAAGGGAAUAGCUUGGACGGAAGAUGAACAUAGGUAACUCAUGCCAUUCUUC